AUGGCUUUGAGAAGAUGUCACGUUGCAGAAGCAAUAAGGGGAGAUGUAGAUUUCCUCCUCAAAGGAGUUGGAGACCAAGCUGUUGCUAAAGAAGUUAAGCAAAUUCUUGAAAUGGCGAGACGUGCAGCAUCAAGAAGAGAAGUUCUGCACACAGAUUUUCUCACACCACCUAUUGUUAAAGAAUCAGUUUCAGUAUUGGGGAAAUUUGUUGAUGUUAAGAUAGUUUCUCAAGGAGGUUACCCUGAGGCUGAACGGUGUAGGAUCUCUAUUGGACAUCCUGAUGUGUUAACCAGUGAUCCAGAUAUAGUUGCAGCUUUAAGUAUCACAGGGGAUUUUGGGUUUCAACCUUGUUCUCACGGUGACUUCCUCGGCGCGAUUCUUGGCACAGGAAUUUCCAGGGAGAAACUUGGGGAUAUCUUAAUUCAGGUAUCAUCAUUUGAUUGA